AGGGUGGCUAGUGCAUUUGUGUCUCGGUUGUAAAAAUGGAUUGGAAGGAUGCGUGUCGCAUUUGCUUGAAGAAAUCAUGCUACCCGAUAAACAUAUUUGAUUCGCCAUCAUAUGGCGUCCUUACGACUGCGGACGUGAUUUCCCGAUACACUGGCUCCGAAGUUAGGCGAGGAGAUUCCUUACCCGAAAACGUAUGCUCGAUGUGCCUGGCGGAAGCGAUUGCCUCUCAAGCAAAUCGAUCUAAGGAAAGGCAAGUCGGCGAAAUAUCCGAAUUUAUUGUUAGAAAUGCGGCUCUAGAGGACCCCCCAUUAGACGAAGAAGUCUUUGUGAUAUCCGACUAUCCAGUGGAUGAGGAGGAAACGGAGGAAGGAGAUGGCAUAUUGUUGGAAUCCGAGGCGGAAGUAUCGCCUGGUAUUGAAGAAUUUCAGAUAAUCGAAUUAGAGGAAGAAGUAAAGCGGGAGCCAAACGGAAACGAAGCAUACAUGUGCCGAUUGCCCGAGGACCUUUAG